GGAUGAGAUGUUCCUGAAGAGACAAGCUCUUGGACAGUACCUCAGACCAGACGUUCCUCAGCACAUGGACACAGCGGUCAGCGUGGUCGCCACUGACAACUAUAAAAAACCUUGUUGGAGUUUUCCAUCUCAAGACACGACAGGGUUUGAAGUUGAAAUGGGACCUCCUGACCCGUGCCCGGAGCUCAUGGACCCUAACCCCCUUAACCCCUUCUAUGCCUCCCCUUCCCCCUCCGCAUCCCCCGCGUCCUCUGUAUCCUCCGCCCCUCUACCCCCUCCGCCCCUCCACACCCUCCACCCCUCCCAUGGUCCAGUCUGAGCAGACCUGCAUGGUCCAGUCCAUGGUCCCCCCUGAGCAGACCUGUCCUGUGGGGCCCAGCGUGGGGGUUCCUCUGGGCUCCAGCCUGUUCCACUGGCAAAUCCAAGCACAGCUUAAAAAAAUCAAAGGUGUCCCCACAGAAGUGCUCAGCAUGAGGGACGUAGACGGAGAUACCCCCCUGCACAUCGCAGUAGCCCAGGGAAAGAGGCCCCUCGCUUACGUUCUUGCAUCUAUCAUGUCUGCAAGUGGCACUCUGAACACUCCAGAGCGGAAUGGACAGACUGCACUGCACAUAGCCACUGCCACUGACCAGCCCCUGAUAGUGUCUGACCUGCUGGAGCAUGGGGCCCAGGUGCACAUGAGGGACACCUGGGGGCGCUCUCCUGUGCAUGUGUGUGUGGAGAAGGGCCAUGCUGAAAGCCUUGUGGCCAUGUUUAAGACCCUCAGAGCUUUGGGCAAACACCUGGACCUCGACAUGGUCAACUACAAUGGUCUGACGUCCCUCCAUGUGGCGGUGCUGUCCCAUAAUGCCUUGCUCAGACAGGUGAGGGCCAUGGGGCUGGCCAUGGGGCAGGGGAUCGGCUCGUGUAAGGAGAGAGACCGUCUGCUGAAGAUGGGAAUGAACUUGUACAAGUGUGUCAAGGCUCUGCUGCAGAACGGCGCCUCCGUUGGGGCAAAGGAUGAAAAAAGCGGUCGCACCAGUAUUCACAUGGCAGCUGAGGAGGCCAACACGGAUCUGCUCCAUCUGCUCCUGAACCAGCCCUGCACCCCCGCUGUGGUCAACCUGCGGACGUACAGCGGGAACAUGGCGCUGCAUAUCGUGUGUGCUCUGGAGGGCUCCAAGGCUCAGCUGGACGCGGUGAAGAUGCUGAUGAGGAGGGGAGCAGACCCGGGGGCCCGCAACCUGGAGAACGAGGUGCCCGGCCAGCUGCUGCCAGAGGGGGGCGCCACCAACAAGGUGCGGCAGGUGCUCCGCGGGAGGUAUUUCCAAAUGUAACUCAGACCACUGUCAGUUAGACGGUCCUGCUUUCUUCUGCUCGUGUGGCAGACGCUGUUGUUUCUGUGAAACAUACGUUCAUUACUGUGUAAUGUAGGUUUGGUGAUGGGAGGGUGGAGGUGGUUUUUAGUUUUAGUAUUUAGAGUUUUAGUAUUUAGAGGGGAUUUAGGCUAUUAUAUUCAUGUUUGGUUUUUUUUGUUUUGUUUUUUUUGGUGGGCCAUACUAGUGUUUAUUUUGAGUUUGAGUUUGUUAAUGUACUCGACUAAAUCCACAAUAGUCCAGUUUUUUUUCUAUAAUGUAACUGUGAUAAAUGUUUGAUGCAUGAUGGGACAGAUAUGCAGAGGUGGGUAGUACUCACUUAAGUUUACUUGAAUAACUUUUUAAAAAAAAAACUGUACUUUUCAGACUACUUUCUAGCAGCAUACUGUAAUUUUAUGCCUACUUAAGUAAAAAAAAAAAAAAUUAUUGAAGUACCCACACACUUUUUCGCAUUUUCAAUAAAAGUUGUGGUUCCUCUUCCUUGCUGUGAGUAAAUCCACAAGUGACAAAAGAUUUAUUGAUGUUAACAAUAUAAACUGAAGUGAACAUUUGUUUUUUCUUGCACGCUCCUUCAGAUCUGAUUUAGUUUGUCUCAUUUUUGUGUCUAUCCUUGGAAAAUAGACAUUCAAAUAAUAUUAAUUCAUCAGAUGUUACUCUUACUGAGGUAGUCAUUUUUGCAAAUACUUUAGUUGAGUCUUGAGUAAUUUCUUGGACCACUACAUUAUUCUGAAGCAGCGUUACUUUUACUUGAGUACAGAUUUGGGCUACUUUACCACCUCUGCAGACGUGUUCUUAAGACGCAAGUUUGUUUUUGCUCCGGUUUAGAGCUUUGGUGCAAAAGUGCCACUUGGAUCUCAUCUCCAUCUGUCCCUUUUAUUCAUUUAGUUUUCGUUUUUAUCAUUCUUUAAACACAUUAUUUUUGCCAAUGAAAGUGUAUUUUAGUCAGUGAUUAACUUUUAUUUAGUUUGAGUGUUAAUAAAUGUGAUUAUAUUUUAAAAAAUGUGAUGCAUCUUGAGAAUGAUGUAAACAAACGAAUCAUUCUGAAAUGUUAAUAUUCGUGAUGAUUUUGUGUUAGUACAUUUAUUGAUCCAAAGAAAGAAUGUGUUGUGUGUAACCAAAAAAAAGAAAUAAAACUUCCAAACGUUG